CGGCCACGCACAGACAACGCUACCUCGCCGUCGCAGCGGAGACGGGGUCUCGCGCGCGAGUUGUGACGCGCAGCGGCACACGCCGCCACAGGCCUCAACUCGCCGCCACCGGCAGUAGAAAUCAAGCCGGCGGCAGCGCCCGGCCGCCCGGCCGCCUGAGGCGGGGAAAAAACGGGCCACCGCCGCCACCACCUCCUCCCGUAGCUUGCUAGCCUCCCCCGACUCCAGAACAAUAUAAGCUAGCUAGCCCUCUCCGGUGAACGCCAUCGGCGAAGUUACGCACGGUGGCCGCCAUGGAUGCCUCCAGGUAGCUUAACCAUAUAGCUUUGCUGGGAGGACGACGACGUACGGCAGCGUCUGCAACAUCUAGCUACUACUACUACUACUAGCUCGAGUCUUCUCCGACCAUUGCUGACGUAGGAAGCAGCGUUCUUGGGUGUAGAUGACGCUUGCUGGUAGCGGCGUCGACAUGGAGGCCGGUGGCGCGGCGGCAGGGCCCGGCGGCGCGGCCGCCGACGACGAGGCGCGGUGCGGCGGGCGGUUCGUGGAGGACUGGUGCUGCGCCUGCGCGGGGCUCCUCGCCGGGCCCAACCCGAUGAUGGCGCGGUACCUGUACGCGCUCAUCUUCCUCGUCACCAACCUCCUCGCCUGGACCCUCCGCGACUACGGCAACUCCGCCCUCGACGAGCUCCAGCGGCUCAAGGUCUGCCAGGGCGCGCGCUACUGCCUGGGAGCCGAGGGCGUGCUGCGGGUCAGCCUCGGCUGCUUUCUCUUCUUCUUCGUGAUGUUCAUGUCCACCGUGAACACGAGGAAGGUGCAUGAGUGCCGGAACUCGUGGCACUCGGAGUGGUGGCCGGCCAAGGUCGUCCUCUGGCUGGGUUUCACAGUCGUCACCUUCCUCGCGCCGUCGCCGCUCGUCCAGCUCUACGGGAAGGUCGCGCAUUUCGGAGCAGGGGCGUUCCUGGUGAUCCAGCUCAUCAGCGUGACCAGGUUCAUCAUGUGGCUCAACGACUGCUGCCAGUCGGAGGUCACCCGGAAGAGAUGCCACCUGCAGAUUCAGGCGGUGUCCAUCGUCACCUACGUCGGGUCGCUGCUGGGGAUCGUGCUCAUGUACGUGUGGUACGCGCCGAGCCCGGCCUGCAAGCUCAACAUCCUCUUCGUCACCGUCACGCUGGUGCUCGUGCAGCUCAUGACCUUCGUCUCCAUGAGCUCCAAGGUGAAGGCAGGGUACCUGGCGCCGGGGCUGAUGGGCAUCUACGUCGUGUUCCUGUGCUGGUCGGCAAUCAGAAGUGAACCUCACACGGAGAUCUGCAACAAGAAGGCAGAAGUUGCCACGAGUGCGGACUGGGUGAACAUCGCGAGCUUUGUGAUCGCGGUCAUCGUCAUCGUGGCAGCGACCUUCUCGACCGGAAUCGACUCCAAGUGCCUCCAGUUCAAGAAGGCAGAGGGGGAGUCGGAGGAGGACGACAUCCCCUACGGGUUCGGCUUCUUCCACCUGGUGUUCGCCAUGGGCGCCAUGUACUUCGCCAUGAUCUUCGUCGGCUGGAACGCGCACCAGACAAUGGAGAAGUGGACGAUCGACGUCGGGUGGGCGAGCACGUGGGUGCGCAUCGGCAACGAGUGGCUGGCGGCGAUCGUGUACAUAUGGAUGAUGAUCGCGCCCAUCAUCUGGAAGACGCGGCAGGUGGGAUCAUCGGCGGAGACAUGAGCUGAUGAACAAUCAACCACUAAUGUGACAUCAGAAAACAAAAAAAGAAAAAGAAAAGGAAGAGGUCUGAUCAAGAGGAGUUCAAGACUGACGCACUGCUUGCUGGUCAGCUAAUUUUUGCUAAGCAGAAGAGGUGAGGCAACUAGUAGUAUCAUAUUAGUAGUAACACCCAAGUAACCAAGGUGGCGUGAAGCUCGGUUGAACGAGGAAGGCGCUCCUCAUCGAUCGCUGUCGCUGCACAAAACUGAAAGCGUCAUCUUUUGCUUGUCGCUGAUUCUCGCUCGCUGCUGCGGGGCUCAUUGUUUGGAGUUUGGACCCUGCAUCUGCAUUGAUGCCUUGACAGAAGGAAGGCAGCACGCUACACGCAAUUGUUGUACAAACAAACACGAGCAAGUUCUAUCAAUAGCUGUAGAGGCCGGAAUAAAGAAAGACUUGCCUUCGCAAAGGUGAA